AUGAAUGGGGGAGUGGAUUGGAGAUGUCCUCUCACAACCACAAGAGAUCAGGUCAACGCUUUGAGGAAAAAAUUGGAUAAUUGUAUUCCAGUUAAUAUUGGAAGAUUUGAAUGGGUGAAAGAGGUCCCGAUUAAAGUAAAUACUUUUAUUUGGCGUGCAAAACAUGGUCGAAUUCCAACUACAGAAGCCCUAGCGACAAGAGGGGUCAAUGUGAAUUCUACAACCUGUUGUCAAUGCGGUGAUGAGGAGGAAUCACCAGACCAUGUGCUGGUUCAAUGCUCGCAUGCUCAAACGAUAUGGAACUAG